UGACAUGUUGGGAAGUUAACUGCAAAGAAGUGUUAUCAAUCAAAGGAAAUUAUCUGAAAGUUUGUUGUGAAUUCUGUCAUGUUUAGUGAGAUAUAAUUCAACCAUAAAGGAAUAGUGAAUUAACAAAAGCUUAAAAAAUUUCAACUGCAAAUUACGUGGGACAACAAAGGUUUCCUUUCGACAAAAUACUAACCUUAUUGGAGUCAUUCCUGGAUAACAAUAUUUCUUUCACUGAUGGUCUUCUAACUAUUGAUUCAAGAUGACGAUGGAUUUUGAGCCAAAUCCGGAAGUAGUGGAGCCUCCCUCUAACAUCUACCAAAAUACUGAAUUAGAAAAGGAAUUUAUUCCAAUUUUAAAUUACCUAGUAGGUUUGGACCAGAUAAGUUUCAAAAGCCAACAGAAAGGGGAAGCAGAUUUAACGAAAGAAGAAAAAUUCAAAAUAGGUGUAGAUAUAUUUUCCAAAAACAAACUUCAAUUCCUACUUAGAUUUGGCGAUUACCUUCUCUUAGAACAUCUUAAUUUCUUCACCAAAAUCACAACUGAUAAUAAUGAAGAUGCAGAUGACAUACGUGUUGUUAUUAAUAAUUUGUCAGAAAAGGCAAUUCACAACAAGAAAGUUUGCAAUGUCAAAAAUAGGAGAUUUGAAGCACUUCAACAGAUGAUUGUAGAGGAUAAAUAUUUUUCAGAAAUUGAGAUGAUGAAAAGAAAUCCUCUACUUUAUGACCAGUUGAUAGGGCAGUAUUUAACAGAAGAAGAAAUAAAAGAAAGGGAUAAAUACUGUACAGAAGACCAAACCAGUUUCGUGAAAAUUUUGAUGGAAGGUAUAGAAAGAAAUGAUGCUGAAGCUGAAAGAAAAAAUCAGGAAAUAUAUGAAGAUAAUGCUCUAGAAGAAAGUGAUUCUGAUUCAGAUUGCGAAUCAAUGGAUGAUGGGGAAAGUUCCCUAAAUCCUCACACUUCCAGAACUUUAUGGGGUGAAUACCAGAACGAAGAUAAACCUGCAAAACCAAAGCAGAAAAACAUUUUCAUUACAGCUCCUGAGAAGAAGCUACUCAGAGAAGAAUUCAUAACAACGAUGUAUCAAAGCUUCUUAGAUGGAGCAGAUAAGGAUUUUGAAUAUGAAACUGUUGAUUGUAAUUCGAAAUAUGACUGUAUAGAAACUAUGGAGCAUGAUGAAGAGGACAAAUAUUUCGAUUCAGAAGAACCCGCUACAAUACCUGUGGAAGAAUUAAAUGAGGACUCUUCUGAAGAUGAAUUAGACAUUUUUAUGAGUGCACUAAAUGAUAAUCCUACUGUUCACCAGUUGUCAACAGAUAUCCAAAGAAUCAAUACAAACAAUUGAAAUUUCAGUAUGUUUAGAUGCAAUUAAAGAAUAAUUUUCUUUUUUACUUGUUUCUUCAUUUUUCUGGUUUUUUGUGUCUGCUUUGUUCAACUAUUUUUAUCCAUUUUGUAUGUAUAGAUGACAGAGGAGUAGUGUUAACUGAAUUUGUUGCUUCAAAGGUUGCUAAGGGUGCAUCAAAGACAAAUCCUGUGCAAUCUGAACCCUUCUGUAGAAUUGGGAAGUGCCACUAUAUGACUAGUAAUUGGAGUUGCAAAUAAGACAUUCCUCUACACUUGUGUUAGUUGGCUCUUAAUUCUAAUGAUGUGACUACGAAAGCUCUUGAGGGGAUUCAUUAGUGAUGAUAUCCUUGGAAAUUGAUUAAGUGGGGUAUAAGAACAAUAGAUCAAAUUGUGGUUGCAGUUCUGAAAAACUGUAUUACCAUCUACCUCAGUGAUAAUAAUAAUAGGUGUUAUAAUUUGUAUUUAAUAAAAUAAGUUGAUCUAAUUA